UCGGACAGUUUGCAAUUUUAAUAAAUAAUUAUUUUGUUUCGGUGAUGAGGAAUGUUUUAUUAAAAUAAUAAUUAAAUAAGCAUAUAUAGCUAUUUUCAGAAUUCAGUAAAAACUAUUGUUUUGUGAUGGGUGCUCAGCAAAGUAACGCCAGAACUUUGACAGUUGAAAAUGACGACCCGACUCUUGUUAUUAAAGUUUCGGAAGAGGUUGUAGAACGAUUGAAAGGGAAAUUAAAAGCUCAACAAAAUGAAGCCCUACAAGAACAGCAACAGGCUCCCCAAAUAGUGUCUAAAUCUGUCCAACCGCAGAAUGUAGACCCUUCCCAAGCCCCGAUAUACUACUCUUACCCGGGAGUCAGUUCUUUCCAAUUGAUGAAAGAAAAAGAGGAACAAAUCCGAAGCAACGACCAGUACUGGCAGAGCCGUAUCAAAGAAAACGAAAGACAUCAGAAGAAAAUGAACAGCACCCUUGAGAAGGAAUACGAAGCUGCAGUUUAUCAAAAAUUUAUACCAAUUGAAGUCCCUUUUCCUGUAAUUCUACUUUGUUAG